AUGAAAGUUGAGGUGACCACAGCUGUGAACUUUAUCACCAAAUUAUUGAGAGGAAGAGGACUCCUGUCUGAAGAACAACUCCAACACUUCAGUCAUUCUCUGGAAGAGGCAUUAGGAGAGCAUUAUGAGCAUCACUGGUUCCCUGAUGCACCAUUUAGAGGUUCGGGAUACCGCUGUAUCCGGAUCAAUCACAGGAUGGACCCGCUAGUAGGGAAGGCUGCUUACAACAUUGGUCUCAGCAUGGAGCAGCUUUUCUCCCUCUUACCUUGUGAAUUUACAAUGUGGGUCGACCCCUACGAAGUGUCCUAUCGUAUAGGGGAGGACGGGUCCAUAUGUGUACUGUAUAAGUCCACACCACCGCCACCGGAGACUCAUCUGAACUCUCUGGAUAGCUGCAAAGAGAAACUGAGAAUUGGUCAGUCACGCCCUUCAAAAUCAUUUAAUGUGAUGACUUUUUCCAGCUAA